AUGACUGAAGAAUACCGGACCAUCCUGCCACAUUUGCCAACAGGAGAUAUGGUGAAGAACAGCGUGGUGUUGCACUGCGCCACCGGCGGACGCCCAUACCGGGCCGAAGAUUUCGUACGACCGUUACAACAGGUUGGAGUAUUGUCGGAGUUGGCGGGUCUCGGAGCCUAUCAGAUGGGUCACGUGUGGCUCCUCAAGUUGAAAAAACCAGGGGCCAAGGAGAAGCUGCUGCAAGCCGGUGAAAUCCAGGUGAAGGGGCGUCGCUGCCUAGCGAUUGACCCAUAUCGGAGAGAGGUCAGGGUGAAGCUGCAUUGGGUGACCUUUGACGUGCCCGUCGACACUGUCCGCCGCGCUUUCGAACCGUACGGCGAGGUAAAGAGCGUCGUUCGUGAGAUGUGGAAGGUGGACGUACUCGUGGGCGUCGAGUCUACAACUCUGUCCGUCGUCCUAACUCUCCGCCAGGACCUAACACUGGAGAGCCUGCCGCACCAGCUUCGAUUCUACGGGGGCACGGUCCUGGUAGUGGUUCCGGGGCGUGCGCCCGUUUGCCUACGUUGC